AUGGAGAUGAACAACAAUAGAGAGAGUUUUAGCAGAAAUGAAGCAAGAGUUCACACUGUUGUUGAGCUCGGUGGAUUUUACACAGAGAGUAGUGAAAAACAAGAAAAGAAAACUCUUAGAAAUUCUCUAUCUGCAAGACAAAUGAAGUCGCUCGUUGCUCUUUGUGAUACUCUCUUACCUUCCAUCAAUGACAGGAAAGUUGUUGCUUCAUCUGAUGAAUCUGUAAACAAUUUCUACCGUACUUCGGCUUCCAUGGCUGGCACACAUGAACAUUUAGGAGUUUUGCUGAGUGAGAAACUGGAACAUCCAAGUACAUGGUUAUUUAUGAUAUCAUUAUGGCUGCUAUCGACAUGGUUUGGCACAUUGAUAUUGUGUGGUGCUGCAUGUCUGUCAACCAAUUUCCCAUUCUUCCAUAGCUACCCUCACUUGUCGCCGGAGAAACGCGAAAAAAUAUUGCAGGGUUGGUCUCAAAGUUACUUUCGAGCCCUUAGGAUGCUUUUUAGAACCAUAAAGCUUCUCACUCUCUUCGUCUUUUUUACUCAGAUAGAUGAAGAAGAAAACAACCUAUCAUGGAAGGCGAUUGGAUAUAGUGGACCUGAUCCGGAGUUCAAAGCGCAGAAGAAGAAUAAGAAAAACAUGUUACAUAAAACAUUGAAAAAAGAAGAAAAUGGUGAUAAUGAAGAUAAAGAUGAAGAGGCUUUUGGACCUCUUUACAAAGGUCUUGUCCAUAUGAACAAUCCGCGUGACAUCGUUACAGAUUCUCUAAGACGAAUUGGAUUCCCUGUAUCCGUCGCUCCAUCGCAGAAUAAAGCUUCUACGGUCUCGUCUCCUUCUCUAGUUAUACAAUGUGAUGCAGUAGUUGUUGGUUCUGGAUCCGGAGGCGGGGUGAUAGCUGGAGUCCUAGCAAAAAGUGGUUACAAAGUGUUGGUAUUGGAGAAAGGAAACUAUUUCGCUAGGAACAAUCUUUCCCUUCUCGAAGGACAGGCACUGGAACAAAUGUACCUCUCAAAUGGUUGGGUAGCAUCCGAAGAUAUGUCUAUACUAAUACUAGCAGGUUCGACAGUUGGUGGAGGGUCUGCAAUCAACUGGUCAGCCAGCAUCAAAACCCCUCACCAUGUACGCAAGGAGUGGUGCGAUCGCCACGAGCUAGAAUUGUUUCAAAGUAGAUUAUACAAAGAAGCACUGGAUGUUGUGUGUGAGAAAAUGGGAGUCCAAUCUGAUAUCGAAGAGGAAGGGUUUAAUAACGCGGUGCUGAGAAAAGGGUGUCAUGAAAUGGGGUAUCCUGUUAGUACUAUUCCAAGGAAUGCUCCACCUGAUCACUACUGCGGUUGGUGUUGCUUGGGAUGCAAGGAUGGUAAAAAGAAGGGUACAUUAGAAACAUGGCUUGUGGACGUGGUAAAAUCGGGUAAUGGAGCGAUUCUACCUGGUUGCGAGGCUAUACGAAUCUUGCAUGGAGAAAAUAAAGGAAGACACAGGAAAAAAGCGAAAGGAGUUGCGUUUGAAAUUGACUACAAUGGUAAAAAAGAAAUAUGCGUGGUGGAAUCGAAGGUCACGAUUGUAGCCUGUGGAGCACUCCGUACUCCGCCAUUACUCAAGAGAAGUGGUUUGAAGAACGAAAACAUUGGGAGAAACUUGCAUCUUCAUCCCGUGACAAUGGCUUGGGGCUAUUUCCCUGACUCGCCUUCUUCGCCCGAGUUGUGGCCAGAGGAACAUAAGAAAAGCUACGAAGGAGGGAUUAUGACAGCAAUGUCUACGGUUGUUGCAGACUUUGAGAGAACUGGAUACGGGGCAGUGAUCCAAACGCCUUCGUUGCAUCCGGGCUUAUUCUCACUUCUGAUGCCGUGGAAUUCUGGAUUAGAUAUGAAAGAUCGAAUGCGCAAGUUUUCAAGAACAGCUCAUGUAUUCGCACUGGCAAGGGAUCAAGGAUCAGGAACGAUUGAUUCGCAUAACUGCAUAAAUUAUCAGAUAAAAGAUGUAGACAAAGACAAUUUAAACCAAGGAAUUGAGAAGGUGCUGAGAAUUCUGGCAGCAGCCGGAGCUGAAGAAAUCGGGACACACAAUAACAAGGGAAGGAGCCUAAAUGUUAAGAAAGUGAGCUAUAACGAAUUCGAGAAAUUCGUGAAGGAAGAAAGUUCGAGGCCAUUAACCGACCUUUCGACGCCCAUAUGCUCGGCGCAUCAGAUGGGGAGCUGUCGUAUGGGCGUUACUCCGAAGGAAUCGGUUGUGAACCAGAUGGGGGAAACAUGGGAAGUUGAGGGUCUUUAUCUUGCAGAUACAAGUGUGUUUCCCACAGCUUUGGGUGUGAAUCCAAUGGUCACUGUUCAGGCUAUUGCAUAUUGUACAGCACAACAUGUUCUUGGAGUUCUUAAAAUGAAAAAAUGA